AUGUUUUUGCCAGGGCAACCGACGGUGCACUUAUCAUCUGUAUGUUUCUGGUGUUAUUGCAGCAGGGGGGGCAGCAUUCUUGACUUGAGGGUUUUGUCUACUCAUCGUCCGAAGCGCUUGGGCAGGUGUCCGUCAACGGUCCUGUCGACUGCUCAAAUGCUCAGACAUGCUUGCCCACACAGACAAACACACACACACACACACACAUCUAGGCCCAGCCAUACUCGCAGGUCAGCUGUCAAGGUCCACAUGCAUCGGGUCGAAAGGACCUACAGUCCUGUGGAAUGGCGAAGCCCACUUCGGCUGGGCAUUGAACCGAACUUCUUUGGCUGUUACAGACCAACUGAGCAUCAACUCCUGCCUCGACUGGCCCUGCCACUGCCAACAGGUUGGCAGGACUCGAAGGGAAAAUGGUUGUCCCGCAUCGUAUGUCCAGUCUUGCGUUGUUGGACUGGCCGCACGAGUUCACCGCCCAUUUCGGCGGAGAAGGAAAAUGGAGUGGGGGCCGCGAGUAGAGCCGAAGCGGGAAGAAUGUUCAAUAGAGCAUGA